GGUACAUGGAAAAGUACAUUGAGAAAUAAGAAACUUUCUCUUUUGUUUGUCAUCUUGCUACUUCUCCUUUUAUUUUAUAACACGUUAUCAGCAUGACAAUCUUCACCAUUCAAUUUGUGGAUGGUGCCUUCAAAAGUGAGUUUUUUUGGGUGGAGGCUGUGUCUAGAUAGGCUGCCAACAAGGUGGAAUUUGCAAAAGCGAGGAAUGGUACUCCAAGGGGUUGGCAUGCUGUGUGGCCUAUGUAAGGAGGGCGUGGAGGAUGUAAAUCAUCUAUUCUGCACAUGUAAGUCAGUUUGGUUAGUUUGGGUGAAGGUGAUUCAGUGGUGGGGCUUGGAGGUUGUGUUGCCGGAUAAGCAGGGUGGGGAUUUUAGGGAGCAUAUGUUAGAAUUGAUUCAAGAUAAGUCCUUCUUCUGGAUAAGGAAUAAGGUAGAGGGGUGUGUUUUCUCUUUUGUUCAGUGGCAGAAUAAUCCAGUGGAAUGUGCAAGGGAGUUGUCUCGGUUCAAGAGGUCUUUGAAGGCUUUUAAGAAACAAAAGGGGCGGCUUAUUCAACCUGGCUCUCCUGGGGCUGAUUGCAACGCCUGGGGUGCAGCCUAAUCAACAUCUGCUGGGCUGAAUUUUUUCUAUGUUCUAAUGCUUGCUCUUUUGUUUGGGUUAUGGAGUCUCAUUUAUGUGUAAAAGGGCAGGAGCACCCCUUGUGCUCCAUUUUAAAAUGAAUAAAUAUUUAUUUGCUGA